GUUUUGCGCAAAGGCUGCUUGACGUAGCACCUAGGUAGCGAUUUGUACGGAAAUGAGAUGAUUACCUUUGGUUCCCUGAAUUUCAUAAGCAGUAGAGGACUAAAAAGGGAUUCAUUGGAAAAGUAAGCUGAAGCUGUCUGACUACAAAUCAUUUUCAAACAGCUACUAAUUCGUACUACUUUAUCUAAUAAAAGAACAGCGAGCUUACUCGUUAGCCGCCAGGACAACUAGCUCGCUUACUAAGCUAUGACAACAACGAGGCUGGGGACGAAACCCGACUCUCUCUUCAGGUCGCUGUUCCGAUGAGGAGAGCUAACCUUGUUGGUCCCGUGCAUCACCCUUCCUCGCCAUGGGAAAGCUCUAUCUGCCUACAUUCCUCAUCCUGAUUUCUCUCUCCUCCUUCGCCCUCCUGCUGCUCAUCCUUCUGACCCCUGUCACCCCCUCGCUUCCUUUAGCACCUGCCUCUGAUCCCUCACUUUGGCCGUCACCCUCUUGCAGUCCGGGUCAGUCCUGGGCGGUUCGGCUGCACACUGGCCUUGAUCACAAGCAAGAAGAUGGUGAACACGGUGCUGUGCACAUGGAUUUCAUAGCCAACAAGAUAGCGGAGCAGGCUGGGCUGCACAACCAUGGCCAGAUAGGACACCUGGAAGGCCACUACUUGCUGUGCUCUACAAAGCCUGGUGCUGGGUCUGUAGGACGCAUCAAGAGACAAGCUGUCCAGCCUGAGGAUGUUUUAGCAGGACACCCUCAUGUUAUGUGGUACUCUCAGGAGAGAGUGCUCAGCCGCUCAAAGAGAUCGAUGGCCUUCAACGACCCCAACUACCCCAAACAGUGGCACCUGCACAAUGACGUCAGUAAGGGCAUGGACAUCAACGUGACAGGACUGUGGGAGCGUAAUAUUACCGGCCAGGGAGUCACAGUGGUAGUUGUUGAUGACGGGGUGGAGCACACCCACCAAGACAUUCAACCAAAUUAUAGUCCGGAAGGCAGCUACGACCUAAACUCAAAUGACCCAGACCCUAUGCCUCACCCUGACUUUCACAGCGACAACCACCACGGUACUCGGUGUGCUGGAGAGAUUGCAGCUGUUCCCAACAACAGCUUCUGCGCCGUGGGAGUGGCUUAUGGCAGCAAAGUAGCAGGUAUUAGAGUGCUCGAUGGCCCACUGACAGACAGCCUGGAGGCUAUAGCCUUUAACAAACACUACCAAGUUAAUGACAUCUACAGCUGCAGUUGGGGUCCAGAUGAUGAUGGGCAUACUGUGGAUGGACCUCAUCCUCUGGGCAAGGCAGCUCUGCAGCACGGGGUGAUUGCAGGCAGACGAGGAUUCGGGAGCAUCUUUAUAGUUGCCAGCGGUAACGGUGGUCAGUACAACGACAACUGCAACUACGACGGUUACGCCAACUCGAUCUACACCAUUACAGUCGGAGCGGUCGACGAGAAAGGCAAGAUGCCAUUCUACGCUGAGGAGUGUGCAUCCAUGCUUGCUGUCACUUUCAGCAGCGGGAGAGGCUCUUUGAGGAGCAUCGUGACUUCAGACUGGUCCAUGCAAGGGGGCACAGGUUGUACCGAGGGCCACACUGGUACGUCUGCUGCAGCGCCCCUGGCAGCAGGAAUGGUGGCCCUCAUGCUGCAGGUCCGGCCCUGCCUCACCUGGAGGGAUAUCCAGCACAUCAUCACCUUCACUGCCACCAAAUGCGACAGUAGUGCCGACUGGAAGGUGAACGGAGCAGGAUUUCAUCACAGCCACCAGCACGGCUUCGGUCUGCUCAACGCGUGGAGGCUCGUCAAUGCUGCCAAGGUGUGGGAGUCAGUGCCAUUCCUCUUGUCCUAUCAGAGCUCUGUAAUAAAGGAGGAAACCCCCAUUGUGAUCUAUCCCGAUGAGCUCAUCCUUACUUGGGAAGUCUCUGCUGCCGACCUGAGACAGUCUGGAAUGGAGACCCUGGAGCAUGUGGCCGUGACCGUGACAGUCACCCACCCUUGCCGUGGCAACGUGGAGUUCGUGUUGAUCUGUCCCAGUGGUAUGACAUCAGUCAUCGGGGCUCGCCGUGCCAUCGACAGAGAUAAUUCAGGCUACCAGGACUGGACUUUCUCCACUGUGCGCUGCUGGGGAGAGAGAGCCCAGGGCCUCUACACCCUCAAGAUCUCUGACCACAAAGAUGAAUCUUCUGACCAGUGUGCCGCUGUGGGAGUGCUGAAGGAGAGGAAGUUGACUCUGUAUGGUUCAUCUAUGAUGUUCAGCGAGGUCAAGGAAAGACAGAGGCUGGUGGAGGAGGCAAUGAGUGGGAGGUAUCUCCACAGCAACUUCUCUCUGCACUGCCCUCCAGGCCUGGACCUGCCUCCAGAAAUCACCAAGCCCUUCACGUCCAACAACCUCAAGUUCAUGCUGUUGCUUGGCUGUUUUGCUCUCUUCUGGUCCCUCUACUACACAUUGGAGGUCAUGGUGGCCCACGUAAACUUCAGGGUCCUUCUCUGCUUACCCAGGAGACAGGGUGGUCACCGGGGCACGAGGGGGCGACAAGGGAAAGGAGUGGAGGAGGCAAUGACUGGGGAUGAGGACUGGGAGGUUGAGGAGCAGGACUCAGGGGUGGAGUUGCAGGCAGUGCUGGACUCUGAUGUCAAACAGCCGCUUGCCAGUGGGGAGUGGCUGGCAACAUAGCACUGAGCCAGAGGAAGGGCUAAAACCAUCACACUGUUAGUCCUUAUAGGACCUCUCAGGCUUACACCUUCAUUUCGCCACUUGCCCACUUAGCCUCCCACACUCAGCUUCCAGCAGUGGUGUUGGAGGGUCAAACCAGUGCACUCUUGUCCUUCUUUGCAUUCCCCUUAAGAGUGGCCUUCAAUGUGUUUGUGCUGCACGUAAAGGUGUGUAGCUUGUGCACAUCCCCUUAAUAAAGGUGAUCGCAUUUUUUCUGCGAUCUCUUUAGACAUUGAAGAAAAAUUUGGUAUGAAGGUUAAAAUUCCUGUAAAGUUAAUGCACAGGUCUGGUACGACCAUCAGAUGGACCUAACAGGGUUUCUGGUUUAAUUACAUGUGUGAAAGUGUUCAUUUGCUCAUAUAUGUUUAAAAUGUAACCCCAAAGAAGAGCUUGAUAGGAUACAAUACACCUGUGGAAGUAAGAACUGAGAUGUGCACUUAAAAAAAGAAACAGGUGUGAAAGUGUGUGUGUGGGCGUGUGUGUGCGUGUGUGGUGACCUGAGCAAUUGUGCUUGUGAUAUGCAAGGUCUUCCAUGGAAAAAGUGACCUAUGGUAAAAUGUGAGGCUUCAAGUGGGUACUGUAUUUCAAUAAAAAGAUUGCUUUUCAAGGGAA